AUGGGCUACCCCAUGCAGGUCUCCUACCAUUGCCAGACGAAGGCAGAGAGGAGAUUACAACAUAAAAAAAGGAAAAGAAAAACAAGGACCCUCUUGUAUCGAAACCCUUACAACAUGGAAGCCAUUAUCCAGCUGAUGCGGGUGGUCGAGAGAGCCCUGCGACUCAUUGAGGUGCUGGUGAACCUUGCACAACGCGCCCGAGGGCCGAUUGCUGCCACAGGAGGCGAUGCGCGCGAGGUGCCUCCUGCUCAGGAGUAG